GGGAGAAAGUGCCGCACCGAUUGGAAAACGGAAGAGAAACGCGGCGCGACAGGGAAUUUGAGGUUAUUGAUUGAAGCCGCCAAGCCUUGCCCUCAGUUAAAAUGGCGACUUCAGUUGCUAAUUUACGUGAAAUCGGCGGGCUACAGGAGAGGCUUUCCGCGUCGGCCGCAGGGCAAGUCGGGAAAUGAUUUUAAACUGGAGGGCGUGGCGUGUGUGGAGUGGCGCCUUGGCGAACGGAGGUUUCAAGUCUAGGUUUUGAUCACAGGAGAGCGCUGGAGAAGGGUCUUUGGCGACUCCCUGUCUUUCGAGGGCCGACGCCAGCUUCGGAAGAGCGAGGGUCGCAGAGCCGGGCUGCUUGGGAAGCGGAGCUGUCUCUCUCAGGGUGAAGUGGGUGUUGCUCGCGCCCGAGGGAAGCUAGGUUCCCUCCAGGGCUCCUGAUGUCUCUUCUGAACUCACCUGGGAUUGCUUCGGUUGUCUCUUAGCCGUCAUUUUGGCCGCUUUCUUUCCUUUUCUUAAAACAAAACAAAACAAAACAAACCUUUCGUCUCGACGUAGUCUUGGAGCCAGACUUGAAGAAUGAUUCGUGAAUCCGGAAUGGACGACAGAAUUGUCAUUACGACAUAAUUUUGACCAUGGAUUCUUAUGAUUCUCGAGGAUUGACUUCUAGACGAAGGACCUCAACUCUUAAGGACUACUUUGUAGGUGCCACCCCUCUGCAGAAACGUCUGGAAUUGGUCAGGAGGCAGAGCUCAUUUUUUCCCAGUCCAUCUCGAAGGAAAAUUCCCCAGUGUUCACAGUUGCAGGAAGAUGUGGAUCCUCAGAAGGUUGCAUUUCUCCUCCACAAACAGUGGACUGUAUAUAGUUUAACUCCCCUGUAUAAAUUCUCCUAUUCUAAUCUCAAAGACUAUUCUAGACUUCUAAGUGCAUUUAUUGCUGCUGAAAAGCAAAAAGGACUUGCUGUGGAAGUGGGAGAAGACUUCAGCAUCAAAGUGGUUUUCUCCACUCUACUUGGAGUGAAAGGGACACAAAGGGACCCUGAAGCAUUUCUUGUCCAGAUUCUCUCAAAAUCUCAGUCAUCAUAUGAACACAGAGAAGAUAAAGUGUUGUGGACUGGUUGGUUCUGUUGUGUAUUUGGAGAGAGUCUUCAGGAAACUGUCUCAGAAGACUUCACCUGUCUGCCCUUAUUCCUUGCAAAUGGAGCGGAGUCCAAUACAUCCUUAAUUGGAGGCUGGUUUCAGAAAACCUUUGACUGUUGCUUCAGUCCUUUAGCAAUCAGUGCAUUUCAUCUUUCCUGGAUGGCUGCUAUGUGGACUGCAUGCAAAAUGGACCGUUACAUAAAUACUACUGAAUUUUUUUGGUCUGUGCCCUGUAGUCCACAGAGCUUAGAUAUUUCUUAUGCAAUACAUCCAGAGGAUGCAAAAGCUUUAUGGGACAGUGUCCACAAAACACCUGGGGAGAUUACACAGGAGGAAGUUGACUUAUUUAUGAACUGCCUUUAUUCACAUUUCCAUAGGCAUUUCAAAAUUCACUUAUCAGCCACAAGAUUGGUUCGUGUCUCAACAUCUGUAGCUUCGGCACACACUGAUGGGAAAAUAAAGAUUCUGUGUCAUAAAUACCUUAUUGGUGUGUUGGCAUAUUUGAUGGAACUGGCAAUUUUUCAAAUUGAAUGAAUUCCUGUAUGGACUAAGUGAUGCAUUAUAAACCCUUUUGAUCGUUUGCUGAACUGCUAUGCCAAGUGGGACAGUGGAAGAGAUGGAGCACUUGUUUUCUCAGGGUAAAACCUGCCUUUGGAGUUGCCCGGGUAGAUAGAGAAGACAGUAGUGGUAGUGGGUGAGCCGUGUUCAUGGGCUUGUGUAACCAGCAUAUCACUUUGGCUGUGUCAUGUUAUAAAAGAUGCUGAAUUAUUAAUAGAGAAGGACCCAAUUUAGUCAAAUAAACUUAUGUAAAAUCUGGUGUUUCUGAUUCAGGUUAUUUAUUCUGUUGGUGAGGCUUGCCUCUGAGACUCCUGUCUGAGUUCCUUCAUGUUUUUCACCUCCAGAUUUCCCUCAGUUUGGUUUUCUGAUUCUUUUUCCACUUUCAUGACUUGAACUGUUUUAUUCAUUUUCUUCUCCUAUUUGUUUGUGUUUUUCAUAGAUUUCUUUUAAGGAUUUAUUAAUUCUCCUUUUAAAGACCUCUACCAUAUUCAAAAAGGCUAUUUUGAGGUCUUUUGUCUUGUGCUUCAGCUAUGUUGUAAUUCUCAGGCCCACUGUGGUAGAUUGCUGGGCUCUAGAGGAGACACGUUGUCCUGGCUGUUACCGAUUGUGUUUUUAUGAUGGCAUCUGGGUUUGGGAAGAUUGUAAUUCAUGAUAUUGUUAUUCAUAA